AUGUUUCCAUUUAUUUCAUCAGCUCCAGGGGCUUUGUUUUUUUUAAUAGAUUUAAACGACACUUCAAACUCCUCAAAUGAUAGCUCAGAAGAUAAAUUAUUUGAACAAAUGCAAUCAUCCAUCGGUGUUAAAAAGUUAUUGAACACAAAUUGGUUAAAUAUGGUGUAUCAUAAAAAACGAAAAACCAGUAGACCACCUAGAGGUAAAGUUAAUGAGAAUGAAAUGCGAGCAGCUGUUAAUGCAGUUCUUAAUGGUAGUACAGUUUAUCGUGUAUGUAAAGAGAGGGGAAUCAAUUUAAUGACACUUAAGAGAUAUGUAAGGAAAUGUCAAUUAAAUCCAAAUACAGUCUGCAAACCUAAGUUCAUUACCAUGCAAAUCUUUACCAACGAAGAAGAAACAUCUUUAUCAGAUUAUCUUUUAAGGGCCUCAAAACUUCACUAUGGAUUAUCAACCAAAACAACGCGAAAACUUGCCUAUGAAUUUGCAAUGACUCUUUCUAAGCGCAUUCCUAAAUCGUGGAAAAGUUUACAAAUUGCUGGGAAACAGUGGCUUCGUGGUUUUAUGUUACUCGGAGAAUUUUUCACCAAUCUAAAAGAUGUUCGUCUACGACACAAGUUUCAGCCACAAAACAUAUAUAAUGUUGAUGAGACAGGUCUCACAACUGUUCAAAAACCAGUUAAAGUAAUUGCUAAAAAAGGAGAUAAACAAGUUGGAAGGAUAACUUCAGCAGAAAGAGGGACAUUGGUAACAGUUUGUUGUGCAGUCAAUGCAAUAGAAAACUCAAUCCCUCCAUUUUUUAUUUUUCCAAGAGUUCAUUUCAAAGGAAGUAUGAUAAAUGGUGGUCCACCUGGAUGUGUUGGGGUUGCAAACCCAUCUGGUUGGAUGAAUGUUGCAACGUUUUUAGAGUGGAUGAAACAUUUUAUUCAAAAUGUGAAAUGUUCACCAGCUAAUCCAGUGCUUUUACUUCUUGACAACCACGAGAGCCAUGUUUCAAUUGUGUGUUUAGAUUUAGCUAAAAAAAAUGGCAUAACUAUGCUGUCCUUUCCACCACAUUGUAGUCACAAAUUGCAGCCAUUAGAUCGGUCAGUUUAUGGGCCACUGAAACGUUAUUACAAUGCAGCCUGUGAUGAUUGGAUUGUAUCUAAUCCAAGACCGAUGACCAUAUAUGAUAUAGCUUCAGUUGUAAGGAAAGCCUAUACACAAGCUUUUACUUUGUCUAACAUUUCUGCAGGAUUUGCUGUGGCAGGAGUUGAACCCUUUAAUCCUAACAUAUUUUCUGAUAAUGAGUUUUUGUCUUCAUAUGUAACAGACUGUCCAGAACCUAUUACUGCUAACCCUUUUCCAGGUGUUGUUGAUCCAGUUCAUGCCCCAGCUUUUAAUCAAUCAUUGAUGUCAAGUCUGUCAUCUGGUUCAGCUUGUAGUGUAUUGCCUAUUCAGCCUAUAUCUGACCCUGGAAGUCAACUAUCCAGUGUUUCUAAUAAUAUCUCUCAUCAAGCAAGUCUAGAAAAAAUUAGGCCAUUUCCAAAAGCUGGAUCAAGGAAAUCCAUUAAAGGACGUAAACGUCAGCGUACUCGAAUACUCACAGACACUCCUACCUAUGUGGUCCCUCCAGGUUAA